CAAAGUUGGCGCUUGUCCGUCGAACGCGAGCGAAAGAUACGGAAGCGCGCGACGCGGAUUUCAAAGCCGACUCUUUUUUUACGCGAAAGUUUCGAUUUUUGAUUCGGGCGGGUUACGAAAAAAGUUUGAAUUAAAAAUCGCGCCGGUGACUGGUGUUGUUGGUCCUUUCGCGUUGUUUUUUUUUGCCGCUCAAAACCGAGAGGUUGCGGUAUAGAAUAAUAAUUGUUUCGCUCUUGUUGGUUUAAUUACGUUUUUGCGAGUGAUUUGUAUCGCAUUUUGGAUUACUCGAUAUCCGGACGAUUAAGAUGGUGGGCUUAAAAGUAGUCGACAACUACCUCAACAAAUCGUUCUACAAAUUGGGACUCGUGGUGGGAAAACAUCCCGGGUACUUCUUGAUAGUACCAGUUUUGGUGACUCUGUUGGGCAUGACGGGGUACCAACAAAUGCACAACAAUAUCGAUCCGGAGUACCUGUUUAGUCCCGUGAAUGGAGCCGGAAAACACGAACGAAAUGUGGUCGAAACUUUCUUCAAAGUGAAUUACACGAGCAGAUUUAACGUCGCCAGGAUAACCAGAGCAGGUAGAUUUGGACGAGUAAUACUUACGACGAAAGAUGGCGACAAGAAUAUGCUCCGAACGGAAGUUUGGAAGGAGAUGAGAACGCUCGACGAACUGAUUCAAAACAUGACGGUCCUCUACGAAGGCGAAUACUUUUCGUACGCGGACAUUUGCGCAAAAUGGAUGAGCGAAUGUUUCCAGAACGACAUCCUAAAUUUGGAUUAUAUCAUGGAAGAGGUAGAAGCAGGACUUAUAAAUUUGACAUUUCCCUUAAUGUUUAAUCCAAAAACUUUUGAUGCCCACGCGUUUCCUGUUUUCUUUGGGGGCACCGUGGUAAGCGAUGACGGUCUUAUAAUAAGCGUUCCCUCAGUUCAGCUGGUUUAUUUUGGAAACGCAGACAGCAAAAAAAUCGACACACUGGGAUCCGCAUGGGAAGACGCAUUUCUCAACUUAAUAGAACAAAUACAAGAUAAGGAAAAUCGAUUCGACCACAUACGAAUAGCUCGAUUUGCAUCCAGGACGCUGGACCACGAGCUAGAGAAGAAUACGCGAUCUGUGAUACCGUAUUUUACCUCCACUUUUGUAACCAUGGCUGUGUUUUCUAUUGUAACUUGUAUGAUGACGGACUGGGUUCGGUCGAAACCGUGGCUCGGACUACUCGGAAAUUUGAGCGCUGCGAUGGCAACACUGUGCGCAUUCGGAUUUUGCAUGUACGCCGGCGUCGACUUCAUCGGGAUUAACUUGGCCGCGCCGUUCCUCAUGAUCGGCAUCGGGAUCGACGACACGUUCGUAAUGUUAGCAGCAUGGAGAAGGACUUCCAUUAAGGACCCCGUGCCCGAUCGGAUGGCCCAAAUGUUGAGCGAAGCUGCUGUUUCGAUAACGAUCACGUCCGUCACCGACUUCCUCAGUUUUUGGAUCGGCAUUUUUAGUCCGUUCCCUUCGGUCACCAUUUUUUGCAUUUACUCGUGCGCCGCCACUUGCUUCCUGUUCGUGUGGCACCUCAGUUUUUUUGCGGCAUGCGUCGCGAUAUCGGGAUACUGCGAGCAGAAGAAUCUUCAUUCCGUGUUUUGCUUCAAAGUGCAGCCAUUGUCGAAAUCCCAAGACAGGUGCUGGUUAUACAAGGUGUUCUGCAGCGGCGGGGUCGACCCCGAAGAUAUAGACAAUCCGAAAGAUAACCGCGAACACGGCCUGAUGGUGUUCUUCAGGGACUAUUUCGCGGCUUUCCUGAACUUCGGCUGCGUAAAGGUGUUGGUAAUCAUAGCGUUCGGCGUUUAUUUGUUAGGAGCCGGUUACGGGAUAACGCAAAUCGAGGAAGGCCUCGAGAGGAGAAAAGUAGCCAAGAACGAUUCUUACGCUAUCGAAUUUUUCGACAGGGAGGAUGAUUAUUAUAGAGAGUUUCCUUACAGAGUUCAGGUUAUAGUUUCCGGGAAAUAUGACUAUUCCGACCCAAAAGUACAACGGGAAGUGGAAAAGUUGACUCAAACUUUCGAAAAUACGUCGUACGUUUCAAACACCCUGUAUACGGAAUCGUGGCUGAGAAGCUUUUUGCAAUACGUCGAAAGGAACGAAGAUUAUCUAAACAUUUCGAUAAAAACUCCGAAAGAUUUUAGUUCGGUCCUUAAAGAACUGUGGUUAGCGGAAAGCAGCGCGUUUUCUUUGGACGUAAAGUUCGACGAGAAAAACGAAAAUGAAAUAAUCGCAAUGAGGUUCCUGAUACAAGUCGUCAACAUCUCGGGAACCGAACACGAAAAGGAAAUGGUCAGAGCUUUGAGAAAAAUUUCCCACGAUUCACCGCUAAACGUCACGGUUUUUCAUCCCUACUUCGUAUUUUUUGACCAGUUCGAGUUGGUUCGUCCUUUGUCUAUACAAAACAUGGCGGUCGGCGCAGCCGUCAUGAUGCUGAUCUCGUUCAUUUUCAUUCCAAACAUCCUCUGCGCGUUCUGGGUCGCGUUUAGCAUCAUUUCGAUAGAGAUGGGCGUCUUCGGUUACAUGGCGUUGUGGCACGUCAAUCUCGACUCGAUAUCGAUGAUCAAUCUGAUUAUGUGUAUCGGAUUCAGCGUGGACUUUACCGCCCACAUAUGUUACGCGUACAUGUCGUGUCCGGCAAAAACAUCCAAAGACAAGAUGAAAGAGGCCCUUUAUUCGCUAGGGUUACCUAUUUUCCAAGGUUCAGUGAGCACCAUCCUCGGAAUGCUUGCCCUGGUCCUCGCCCAAAACUACAUUUUCGCGGUCUUCUUUAAAAUGAUCUUCCUGGUGGUUUUCCUGGGAGCGAUGCACGGACUAUUCCUGUUGCCGGUUCUGCUGUCCCUAUUCGGUCCAGGAGCUUGCGCCAAAUACGAAGACGAUGACGAAUUCAAACUCUCCAACAUAGAAAAAUCUCUUCCGCAUCCCUAUUGCAUACCGCACCCCCAGUUCACACUGAACGCCAGUAAUCUUACCAACACCCUAAGGAAUACCAACCUUACGCCCAUCGAACGGUACAGCAAAAAACCGUUCAAGAGUUUCGGGGAUAUGGAAAAGGAUUUGGGAUUGGGUACGUCGGAGGAAAAUUCGAGCCAGUCAUCGACUCAGUCGAACAAAAAGGCGAACCAAGUCGAGGAGUUUACUCCUCAGAUAAGGUCCAGAGACGUAUGGAGGAGGAAUUCGGAUAUUAAUUUGUACCAGCAUCGACCGCCGCAGAUCGACAUCUUCGGAACGGAUGAUUAUAGGGCAGUGUUCUUUCGACAGUGAUUAUUACUUGCUGUUUAGUGACAACGCACGCCUUCGGGCUAAAAUUUUGUGAUCCGCGGCCAUCCUGAUUCCUUGUUCAAUAAUGGCACUGCUCGAUAAUAAUUAAGCAAAGGAUAUUUAAAGUGUUCGACACAGCAAGAUCUUGCGAAGUAUUUCUACUACCAUUUCGGAUAUAUCGAGUUCUAGGAUGGGUGGACCGUUGUUUGUAUUUUUGUAAUUUAUUUAAAGGUUGCCAAGUUUGACUUGAGUAAAUGUGGUGUAGUGUUGAGUGUUACGCAAAAACCAAGGUGAUAAUAAUGUAUUAUCCUAUAAAUAUAAAGCGUAGCAAGUGUAUGUUAUGCGAAAGUUACCAGUAGUCCUGUCGGGAUUAGUUGGCACCAAUUGCCAACACAUGUAUUGCAAAGAUCACCGUUUGAUAUUAAUAACUUGAAAUACAUAACCGUGCGGCCAGGAAUUCCUCCAGAAAGAUUUAAAAAGCUGCAAGCAACAUGUUUUUAGAAAAUUCAGAGAAAAUUUUGUAAGCUCCAAUAAUUAAGCAGAUUCUGGAUAUCAGAUUCCAUUUUUAUGGUUAAGCUAUUUUUUUAUAUAGAUUCGGAUAAACUAGCUUGCAAUUUUUUAAGGAGAAUUUCCUAACAUACUGCGUGGAAAGUGAAACGUUGCUCAAAGAUAAUUAUUGUAGAUAUGGGAAUGUGUGGUUUCUAUAAGUAUUAUGUACAUAUACAUCUUUGUGUUUUUAUGUACCUAUUUUGGUCAAAUGUAAAAAUAUACCUUGAAGCAAUCAAUGAA